GAAGCAUUUCCUCACAUCGUCUUUGGACAACCUCAAGGCCACGACCAAGGCCACGACCUGAGACAAGCAUGAUGGCUUUGCCCGCGGCAUCAGCGCUUGUCGACGGACAUUCGUCGACUCGAGCGGAGGCGCCGAACCGUUCCAGGAUGCCUGACCACCAUGACGGAAUCAUGUGGUCCAGGCACCGCCCGUGGGCAUGCCAUGGUGCCCCGUCCGGCUGCUCGAGAUGAUGGAGCCACCACGGAGGCUUGCCGGACCUUUAUUAUUGGAACGGAGGCGGAGAGAGAGACACACGACACCCUCAGGAACGGUGACGACGACGACGCUACUGCGCUGCACCACUGGUCGCCGUGCUCAGCAGCUCCGCCUCCCUUUCCCGGCAUGGCAUGAUGACGAAGGCACACGGGCGACUGACGAAACGUGGCGGGACGGAGCGUGUGCGGGAGCGGAAAGGAGUCGCUACCCUCGUCGACGUCCGCCACCGCCGCCGAGCCCGCGGUUCGCGACGCAAGGCCUGGCUCACAUCAGCCCGCGCGCGCUACAGACGGCGACGACGGAUGGACACGAGACGGACGACGAGCUGCGCCGCGACGCGACCGCCAUUCAAUCAUUCAUUCAUCAGAAAGCGUCCCCUUGGUGGUUCCAUGACGGCCCCGCCGGCCACGAACCAAUGUGCGUCGCUGCCUCGCCAGCCAAGGCAAAACAGCCAAGAGAGGUCGGCUGCAAGACAUCGACUCGCUGUCGCUGGCCCGGCCGUCAGACGCCGCCUGUGGGUCCUGCAAUCUGGUGUGGCGCGCCAGCCAUCCGGAUCCCGCGUUCUAAGCGCCGACUGGACGGCCUCAAUGACACCCCAGCCUAUCAUGGCCAGCCAUCACGCACCUUGAUCAUGAACCGCCCUCGCUCAGCUGCCACCCAGCAAAGGCGAAGCCUCUUUGCCUUUGCUUGCGGCAAGGGCCUUUGGGCCACAAUGCGCUUCAGCUCAGGCGUUGGGUCAAGUGAGCCUCUGUGCCGGGCGGCGGCGGCCUUGUCCAUAUUUUUGCCUGUCGUUCCCUCUCGCUCCUCAUCCAUGGGCGCACCAGCCGCAUGCCCGGCAGCCUCGUCCUUUUUUUUUUCGCCGCCGCCGCCGCCGCACAUAUAUCGAAGCGCAUCGCUGGACGUUCGCGUGGUCGUUGUUUGUGGUCGUCGCUCGUCUGCCUGAUACAGAAACAGCGUCAUUCGUUUGCCCCUCCCUCCCUCCGGCAGGCCCGCUCGGCAUGCAUCUGUUUCCCUUGGCGCAGCAUGAAUGACUCGGCCGGCGUUGCUUUUAAAGGCCCCUCGACGUGGUUUUCGGCUCUGUUCUCGUGCGCACCGAUACUCUCCCGUCUCAGAACAGGCUCCUCUGUUGACGUUGAGGACCCUCAAAGAGGCCCGCCCGCCGUUGUGCAGCAUCCCCCGUCGUACCAACCUCGUCCCGUGGCAGCUCCGCAAGCGGAUCUCACGGGGACGACUUACAAGGACGAGAUGCCGAGGAAAAGCGCUGGUUCGCGAGGCACAAGCUUCUCCGCGAAGAGAGCCUUCUGGUCACACUCGAAUGCAUCAUCACGCCUGCCUCAGAUAUCCGCCCCGUAUGAUUUUCGCCACCUGCACUCCGGGUCCUACCAUGGCACUCGCGAGAGCUCAUUGGACUUUGCUCGGCGAGACGGUCACGCACAGCACAGAGGCUCGUUUCGGCCUCUGGAGCUCAGCAUCUACAUGCCGGACAACUCCACCUCGCCAAUCUUGCCACACUUUGAUGUGCCGCGGGUCAUGACGCCGCCGCCUCCAGCGUACUUCGCCAGCCGGACUGAGGAAGACCACGCACUGAUGCGCCAGCGGAGCUAUACGUCCAUGUCGUUUCACGUCCCGCGUCGGCAUGUCGUGGACAGCUCUCCGUCCGCCGCCGAGGACGAAGUGCCACCGCGCAUCCCGCCCAAGUCAAGGAACCGCAUGCGGGCCCACACCGCGACAGAUGUAGAUGCCAUCAAGGAGCGCGUCGCCAGCGCCAUGAUUGAGGUGGAGCGGCUGCAGAAGCAGAUUGACGAGGUGAUGGAGCGUCAAAGUCUCUACACCAGUAGCCGUCCAUCAACACCGCACUCGAUUGCACAAACGAUGCCGGAACUAGAGCCGAUGCCCUCGAUUCCAGCUCUUCCGCCGGUUGCGCCGUCGUUUGCACAGCGCCUGAACUCUGAGUUUGAACGGCCGCAUACAGCACCAACCAAGGCGGAGCCGCCCGUGUCCCACCGGACCGACGCUGGGGCAACGGCGUCGGAAGGGCCAGUAUCCCCGCUCCGAGACGUGCGACCACUGCCGCCGCCGCUGCCGUUGGUGCUGCGGCCGCCGCUUCGCAAGAAAAAGUCGUUUUCGCGCGUGUCGUCAUGGCUAUUUCCUGGCUCCGAGGCAAGAAGGGACGCCGGCCAUGAUGCUGUCACCAACGCCCCAAAGGCAAUCAAAGGCCGCCAAGGGUUUUACCAAUGCGUCGCCGCCGUAGGGCCGCAGGAGCGACGGAGCUAUGACUCGCUUGACUCCAUGUCGACAUGGGAUUCAGCAGAGGAGCAACAGACUGCACCGACAGCCUGGUCGCUGGGCAGCACCCCUGUCGCUAAGCAAGAUGAGCCACUGCGGCAGCCAUCCAUGGAAAGGUCGGCCACGUUUGGGAAGAAGGACCAGCCACGGGCCAGGACGAGUGUUGGCGUCGCGAUUUGAAAGACGAGGUGAAAACAAUAACUUGAGAGGUGCGAAGAAGCAACACACUACUACAUAGAUGGGAUGCCCCGUGGACGAUCUGGCCCGGCGGUGAUGAUACCAUUGGGUGUACGCGAAAAGCGCCUACCCGCCUUAUCCUAUAUGCUGUACAUGACUUAUAUGGCGGCUUCUGCGUGCUGGAGACGCAGACGAAGCAUUUUGCUGGCAAUCAGAUAGAGUCACAGGUCGACGAUGACCUGGUAAUGAGUGGGAGGUGGGCAGGGCCGUGAACCCUGCCUGACAUUAUUUUUUGCUCACC